AUGCAUCUUACAGAAAGUCUUGAGCUGAAGAUGAGCAGCUGUGAAGUGUGCAGAGGGACGUGCGCUCAUCUGGACUGUGCGGGGCAGUGGGAGGAAAAACUUCUAGAAACUGGAGCAAAAGUCCAGAGUUUACGCUCCACACAGAGCCUUUUUACAAAAACGGGCUGGACCCUGCAGCAGCCAAAGAUACCUAAAAUGCCUCCUGCAGAAACCCGUAUCGCGUCCCAGAAGCAGUCUUUCAAAAAGAUGUCCCCAAAACAGUUCGAAAUCAGCUUUGCCCCAGGUUUUCCGGUUCCUGCUGUGGCUACGUGGACAACUGAGACGGGUCAAUGCCGGUGUGGACAGGGGAAGCUGGAGCGGUGUCCGCUCCUGGGGGACCGGCUGCUCCGGGGCUGGCCUGUCUCUCUCGAUCCUCCAGCCCUGAAGAAGUUGCAGGCUGCUGUGUCCAAGGCUGCUACCAAAAAGUCACGCCAGAUCCCGCAGAGCUAUUGGGGGCGAGGGGUUUUAUCUCGGAAAGCUUUUGUAACCAGAAACCCGCGAGGGUAUUUCCUGCUCGGGCGGAGGGCGGCGUCUUGUUACUCCUCCAGCGCUGCCGGGACGGGACGGCAGCUUCCUCCUGGCACGGGUUACUGCCGAGCCGCGGGGUGGUAACGCCGGCCGGGGAGCAGCCGAAUCCGCGGCCGUCCCGCCGCGGCGCGCUGAGCAGGCGUCCUCGCCCCGGGAGACGCCGCCGGGCGAGCGGCGCCCGUGCAGCAGCCUCCCCUGGAAACCUUCCUCCCCCUCCUCCUCCUCCUCCUUGCUAGCUGGCUCCCGUUGGCGCUGAGCUGCCGCGGCGCGAGUUGGGCGCCGGCAGCUGCGGCCGAGUUUCCAGAUGAGAGAGGCAGGCGCGUCGGAAAGUCCGCGGGUUUUGGGGCGCCGCCGCGCCGCGCCGGUCGCGGGGCGCCGUGCACGCGGACGAGCGGCGCCCGCGGAGCCUAACGAGGUUCCUGGUUUCGGUGGCGGGGGCGGGCGAGG